AUGCGUUUCGCUCGUUUAAACCUACAGGAGCGCCUGUGGAUUGAAGCGUAUCAUGCCCUUGAGGCCGAGGAAAAAAGUAUAGUGGAAGCAUACGAAGAACUCCUUGUCCACAGGCUUAAGAAUAUCAGCGGCGAUUCCGGUUCCUUGGGAAGCCCCGAAAUCACUCCUGAAACACUGAAAACGCCUGACCAGUUGAAGAGAUUUGUCGACGCCGGGCUCGAAGAGUCAGAGAAGAUUGCAGCCGUCAAGAAGAACAUUGAAAAAUUCAAUCAAAUCUUUUUGCCAGUAAAAGAAGUGAUGAGCGUUGUCGUUCUGGCGGCUCCGCAGGCCGCUAUCCCAUGGUCUUGCGUCUCUUUCUCGCUCCAGAUCCUUGCAAACCCUCUCACGGAGUCCAGUAUCAACCGCGAAGGCAUCACAUACGUUUUGUCGACAAUGGAUUGGUACUGCAAUCUUUUUAAGCUUCUUAUCGACGGCGAGGAUCGGUCGAAGAAGCUCAAAGAUGAACUCAAGAAACAAAUUGUCGAGCUGUACAAAAGGCUUCUCCUGUACCAAAUGAAGAGCGUCUAUCGUUACUACAGGUCUCAAAUUCUAGUCUUACUUGGAGAUGUCUUCAAGAUUGAUGACUGGACGGGAGAACUCACUGGUGUUAAGGAAGCCGAGGAUCAGGUGCGGGCCAGGCUCGGCCAGUAUCAAAACUCGUCGAUUUGUGACUCGCUCAAAACCCUGGCUGGUGCCAUGCAGCAUCAAACCAACCAAAUCCAAGACCUGUCAUCUUUGAUUCAGAAGCAGAAUCAAGCACAACAAGACAGAGAAAAGCAACAGGAUAGAGAAAACUGUCUGAUUGAUUUUCGUCAGAAAGUUGACCCCCAUCAUGAAAAGGAUCGUAUACAGAUCGAGAAAGGGGGGCUUCUUCGAGAUGCCUAUUCCUGGGUUCUGGAUCACGAUAACUACCGGAGAUGGCAUAAGGAAACUCGUCACAACAUACUCUGGAUCAAGGGCGAUCCGGGUAAGGGGGAAACGAUGCUCUUAUGCGGCAUCAUUGACGAACUAGAGAUGGACCCUACUCACACCCUAUCAUAUUUCUUCUGCCAAGCCACCGAGACGACACUCAACAGUGCCACUGCUGUGCUACGAGGGCUUAUCUAUGGACUUGCGAAGAGAUAUCCGCAGGUCGAUCGGUAUAUCUAUGACAAAUACAAAGAUGGUGGCGGAAAGGCGGCAUUCGAAGGAGACAGCGCGUGGGGAGUGAUGUGCGGUAUUCUCAACGCUAUACUGGGUGAUCCAAUAAUGAACGGUGUGCUGUUGAUCGUGGAUGCUCUCGACGAAUGCGUGGAAGGUCGCCAGAAGCUUUUGGAUUUCAUUUGCGAGAGAUCAAACAAUUCUCGUGCCAAGUGGAUAGUGUCAAGCCGCAAUUGGCCGGAAAUCGAGACAAACCUCGAGAGGAUUACGGAACGCACGUCAGCACUGUCCCUGGAGCUGAACAGCGAUCUCGUUGCCCAUGCUGUUCGCACGUACAUUCGAAGAAGGGUAGACAAACUUGCUGAGAAACAACCUUACCAUGGCGACCUCGAACUCCGCAGCCACGUCGAAGAGUACCUCAACAAAAACUCGAGCGACACAUUCUUAUGGGUGGCGUUGGUCUGCGAUGCGCUUCGCCAAGACAACAUCCUAAGACGAGCCCACGUCAUCGGACCGAAAGGGGUUCUGCAAACUUUUCCUAAAGGGCUCGACAAGCUAUACAAGCGCAUGUUCCAGUACAUUUCUGGUGCGAUGGAUGCAGAUCUAUGCAAAGAUGUAUUGGCCGUUAUUGCGAUACUGGAACGCUCUGUCACGUCGCUUGAACUUUGCUCCAUCAUGGGGCUAUCGCAACAUUUCGACGGUAAAGUUGAGACUUUGCAGGAUGCUGUGCGAUGUUGUGGUUCUUUCUUGAGUCUUCGGGGUGGAACUAUUUAUUUCGUGCACCAGUCAGCCCAAGACUUUCUACUCAACAAGGAGGGGGACGCUUUUGACUCGAUAUUCCCGGACGGAGUCGAGGACAUACAUUGGGCGGUAUGUCUGAGAUCGAUGGAUGCCAUCUCCAAGAUCGUACGCCGCGAAAUUUAUGAGCUACAAGAUGUCGGCGUGGCUCGAAAUGAUACUACCGUGCUGAAUCCGGAUCCCUUAGCUUCUGUCGCAUAUUCAUGCGCAUACUGGAUGAAACAUUUGGAAGAAUCAAAUCCUGCGACAUACAUCAAAGACGAUGGGGUUGUCGAUGAGUUUCUCCAAAGCAAGUUUCUUUACUGGCUCGAGGCCCUCGCUCUCCUCGGUGAGCUUACGCAUGCAGUACGAGGCAUACAGAAACUUCAACAUGUGAUCUCAAGCUUGAACAACAAAAGCCUAGCAGACCUAGUCCAUGACGCAGAUCGAUUUCUACUAUAUCACAAUGAAAUGAUUGCCGAGUUUCCCCUACAGAUCUAUGAAACAGCCUUACUAUUCAGUCCUGAAGAGAGUGUUGUUAGAAAGCUAUUCUUCGAGGAUCACGCACCCGAAUGGAUCUCGAUAAUGCCAGGCUUAGACAUGACGUGGGAUGCGCACCUGCAGUCGCUUCCCGGGCAUGAAUCUUCCAUCAAUACUGCGGUAUAUUCACCAGACGGCCAAUGGAUUCUUUCUACCUCUGAAGCUGGCACUGUGAAGCUCUGGCAAGCAGACAGUGUAAAUUUUGAACUCAGAUACGGUGGUUUCGGCGAAGGACUUCUUCACCCAUGGUCCAAAACAAUAAAAAAAGCCGGUGUGGGCUCGGCGGUCUUCUCAGAAGACAGUCACACGUUUACCGCCGCGUCCUGGAACGGAGUCAUUAAGGUCUGGAAUCUAAAGACCAAUCAGGUCGAGAUUUUCAGAGGCCAUGAAGAGGUGACGAUGGCCACGACGAUGGCUAUCUCGCCAGACGGUCGCACUUUUGCAUACGGCCUGGAGAAUAGAGUGAUCCAUAUUUGGAACAUGGACAAGAAAACCUCUACGCGCAUAUCCAUGGCAAGCAUCACGGGUGUACAAUCGCUGAGCUUCACGACAGACGGUCGAUGGCUUGCCUCAGUAGGUGAACAUGAUGUCAUCAGAAUAUGGAAUUCUUCGACAGGGGAAUGCAAGAAAGAGAUCAGAUGUCAGGGUGGUUGGAAAGUGAAGAUUUCGGGUGACGGACAAUGGAUCGCGGUAGGGAAUCUUUAUCGUGAUGUUCGCGUUUGGGGAAUGAAAUCUGGUCGACUGAUUCAUAAUUUCGAACGCGAUUCGAACACGGCGACUCGAGACAUUUCACACAUUUCCGGUCUUUAG